GUUGGACUGGGACAUAGUGGAAGCAACGGGCUGGCUCAGCAGCCAUUGAUGCGCUUUAUCUCGAACAGGACAAAUCGAGAUUAAUUCCUUCAUAUCUGCGGUUUUCUGCGGACUGGAGCCAUGGUGUCUCACUCUCUCGCCCUGCCGAUGAUCUGCUUCACCACGCUGUGGGCGCUGGUGGGGGUCGUUGCUCCGUUUUUAGUGCCCAAAGGACCCAACCGGGGUGUGAUCGUCACCAGUCUGAUCCUCACAGCUGUCUGCUGCUACCUGUUUUGGUUGAUAGCGAUUCUGGCGCAGGCCAACCCUCUGUUCGGCCCUCAACUGAAGAAUGAAACUAUAUGGUACCUGCGCUACUUCUGGGAGUAAACAAGUUUCUGCUCCUUCACGGACUACGUGACGUGAUGCCUCUCAUCAUUCCUAUCCCCUGGUUUGGUGGACUUAAUUUCAACGUAAUGCCUAACCAUUAAACACACCCACACCCACACACACACACCUCCAAUCUGCAUAAUUUAUGGAACAUUUCAUAUGUGGCAGUUUUUUUGUAACUCAAAAGUCAGUGUCGGUUUUCUUUGCAACCUUACAGAAUAUUAAGAAUCAUGCCGAGUAUCUGGAAUUUAAGAUUUAGAUUUUAUUAAGACAUGUGUUGUGGGUUUUAAAAUGUGUAACUGAACGCAGUGCACGCAGUUUCAAGUUAUAUGUGGCAGGAUUUAUGAUCAAAUCAAAAAUGAUGAAAACAUUGAGUGUUCUUUUUAUGUUCAAUGAUUACCAGUGAAACCAUGACAUUAUCUGUUAGGAGUAGAUAUUAAUCUCCCAUCUCUGAAAUGUGCAAUCCUUCAGUACUUUAGUUUACUCCGUGUUUGUUUACAUUUUUUUUUUUUUUUGGUUUUGUGUUGCUGUCUUCAGGGAACAUACAUUUCUAAGUGUUUGUAUUUAUUUUGGUCCGCAGACACUGAUGUAAGCUCAUUGUAAUUACAUCAGUGUCCACACGGUCUUGUUAUAUAACUGUUAUUAUCUGUGAUGUAAUCGUGUGUGUGUGCGUGAGUGCGCGCGUGUGUGUGUGAAGAGUUCAUUACUGUGAGUGCUUGGACCGAGGCCAUGAGAAUCUCCCAAAACCGUAGAAGUGAAGAGCGAUUCCCUCCACUUUAGACCACUUCAGCAUGAAACUCCCUCCCACAUUCCCCUCAUGCUCUACACCGUGGAGGUCCUCGUUGCCAUGGUGAUCUCAUCGCCCAAUUCAGUCCUUUACCACUCAACCCCUUUUGAUGAGAGCUCGCCCAUUCUUGCCUGCUCGGGUACAGAUGUACUGUAGGUUGUACAGUGGGGAUAUGCUUUUGGAUUGAAGAUGUUGAUAGAUUUGGAGUUAAUGUCAAGUAUCUUUUAAAUUUUACCAUUUUUAUUUCCCCCCAAAAAAUGAUGCUUCAGGACACAAUCAAAAUGUUAGUUUCAAAUCCCAAAAGUGCGGUGAUUCAAAUGAAGACUAAUCAUUGUAGUAAAUAACUGUGACUGGGCUGGACUGUUGUUACAGUCAUAGCUGAGCUUCCCUGUAUUGUGCAGUACAUUGUGUUAAUCUGUGCACAUGCGUUUGAGUGUGGGGGAAGGUAAAGUCUUUUCAUAUUGACUUCACCUGGAAAGGUCAGUUGCCAGACGUCAUGGUUAUCUCUGUGGACCGCUGUGGCCUCCGUCAGAGCGACAGGUGUUGCUGAUCACAAACAGUAGUUCCAUCACCCUGACUGUCACUGAAAUGCCAUUGGCUUGGCAGUCUGAAAACACAAUGGUGAUGCUUGGGCAAUGUUUUCAAGGCCAGAAAUUUUGUUAAUCUCUUGAAAGUGUUGGACAGGAAGUCGCCAACACUGCCAAAGUUAGAGGUUCUUCUUGGGUACCAAUGAACACCCACAUAAUAAAGUGUUACGUUCCUUCCACCUUCUAAGAUAAACCGAACUUGCCUCGAAAAAGUAACCUGUUUCAUCAUUAACAACUUUUUUUUUUUUUUAAAUCUGCCUUGAAUAAGAUGCUGGUUUGACACACAUGCGUCCUCCCGAUUCAUCAGAGAGCAUUUAGUCUCAGCUGCCAGCCACUACCACAACUAUACCUCCCUCCUCCACUUCUAAUCUCCAACCCUGAGAACCUCCCCCCUCCCCCCACUCCUCCCUCGCACUCUCCCUCCCCGCCCUCCUUUCUAAAACCACUUUGCUUCAGCCAAAAAGAAUCAAAAUCAAUAUACAGCUACUUUUUAGAAAGACCAAAUUGCGUUGUAUCUUUUCCUCCAGCCCUCUUCGGUAGUUGUGGUAGUGGCACGCAGAUACACACCCUGUGUACUCUGUUACACAAAUGGGGACGCAUGUUAAAAAGGAUGUGAUCACACCUACAAAGUCAGCUUUUCCAUCCCAGAAAAGCAUCGUGAUAUUAAAUUUGACUUUGUCCAAUUUCAAGUGAACCAGAGCUUGUAAACAGAAAUCACAAGGUCUCAGUUAUUGGACAGUUUUGGUAUUCGAUCAACCUGCCAGGUUAGAGAUGUUGGUGUUGGCGGAGAGUCAAAAUAAAUCUGAUACCAAGUCUUGUAACGUAAGCUCAGUGUUGUGUUUUCCUCUCUUGUGUUCAUACCAGAAUACAUGAGGAAAAAGCUCAAUAUGAGCAUCAGUCCACACUGUGGUUUUGCUCUCACUUCAGGCUAUGCAAUCAUUUACUGCUUGCUAUUAGAUGUACCCAUAAAUCAUUUUGUUUUGGGUUUGUUUCCUGUAGUUGGUUUGAAUUAUACCCAUGAUUCAAUAAUAAGGCUUGCCCGAUUGCCUGGAGCAAGUAAAACGCCACAUCGGGCUAGUAAAUCUCACUAGUAACUCACUUGCCCGAUCAGGCAAGUGGUAAAAACAAAAAGUGAAAAAAUAAUAGUAUAAAAAAUGUUUCAAUCAUUUUUUUUCCAUCAUCGUGGUAUCAUUAAUUAUGUUCUCGUUCUCUGGCACACAGCUGAGCCCCCUCCUCUUGCAGGCAUUGGAGAAUAUUGGCGUGCACCAUUGGUCAAUCAAGGAUCGAGUAGGCUAGUAGUGUGAUGCAUGAAACAAACAUCCCUCAGGAUCAUGUGAGCACUGUCAAAUAGAGGAACCAGUGGUGCAUGUAAUUUUUAAAUGCUUUCCAGAAAUAUUAAAGAGAGAAAUCAAGAAGCUUGGAGUUAAAGAAAUGAGCCUAAAAAAUGUAUUUGCCGUCAUGUUAGGGAGUCCGUUCCAUUAUUUGAAAGAAACUGGGCUGAUCUGAGGAAUUGAGUAUUCAGUGAAGUAUAGGGGAUGGGUCAUACCAUUGCUUUAUAUAGUGUCAUAGCAUUGCUUCACAUCUAUGACACUCUGUGUCCUUGUUCUGUUUCAUUUACUUAAAUAAAGAUUAAACAUGACAAUUAA